GUAUUAUGCAUUCCUGAAGCCUGGAAGACAGGAAGAGUUACUCAUACUAAAUUUGAAAUGCAUCACUAUAAUAAUCCUGAUAAUACUCCACCCUGUCCAACUCCAGAGAUAACAAAUAACCCCACAAUAACUAUCCACCUACAGAAAUGGACACAGUAUGGUAAAGCCAUUCAUUAAAAAAAAAAAAUCACCCCAUUAUGGAUAAUUCACAAUGAGCUGGCAAACAUCAUUUGGCUAUAAGCAAAGCUCAUCAAGAAACACCCUAAUAAUGUGUAUAUAAAGGCAAACCAAGCUGUUUGAGUAGGCCAUUCACCAUCAGAGCAUCACCGCAGAAACAAAGGCUCCAGCCUCCGGACACCAUGUCUGUGCGCUUUUCUUCUACCUCCAGGAGACUUGGCUCUUGCGGGGGCACUGGCUCUGUGAGGCUCUCUAGUGGGGGAGCAGGCUUUGGGGCUGGAAACACAUGCGGUGUGCCAGGCAUUGGAAGUGGCUUCUCUUGUGCUUUUGGGGGCAGCUCAUCUGCAGGAGGCUAUGGCGGAGGUCUGGGCGGGGGAAGUGCUUCCUGUGCUGCCUUCACAGGGAAUGAGCACGGCCUCCUCUCUGGCAAUGAGAAGGUGACCAUGCAGAACCUCAACGACCGCUUGGCCUCCUACCUGGAGAAUGUUCGAGCCCUAGAGGAGGCCAACGCUGACUUGGAGCAGAAGAUCAAGGGGUGGUAUGAGAAAUUUGGACCUGGUUCUUGCCGUGGCCUUGAUCAUGAUUACAGCAGAUAUUUCCCAAUUAUUGACGAACUUAAGAACCAGAUAAUUUCUGCAACUACCAGUAAUGCCCAUGUUGUCCUGCAAAAUGAUAAUGCAAGACUAACAGCUGAUGACUUCAGACUAAAGUUUGAAAACGAGCUAGCGCUUCACCAGAGCGUGGAGGCGGACAUCAAUGGUUUGCGAAGAGUCCUGGAUGAGCUGACCUUGUGCAGAACGGACCUGGAGAUCCAGCUGGAAACUCUCAGUGAGGAGCUCGCUUACCUCAAGAAGAAUCAUGAGGAGGAAAUGAAAGCUCUUCAGUGCGCGGCUGGAGGCAACGUGAACGUGGAGAUGAACGCGGCCCCCGGGGUAGACCUCACGGUUCUGCUGAACAAUAUGCGAGCUGAGUACGAAGCCCUCGCAGAGCAGAAUCGCAGGGACGCGGAGGCCUGGUUCAACGAAAAGGUAAAACCACGCUUGGGUGCGCCCGGGCGCGGACUCAGCCCCAGCGCCCUAACGCGGCCCCUGCCGUUCCAGAGCGCCUCACUGCAACAGCAGAUCUCUGACGACGCUGGCGCCACCACCUCAGCCCGGAAUGAGCUUACCGAGAUGAAACGCACUCUUCAAACCCUUGAGAUUGAACUUCAGUCCCUCUUAGCAACGAAACACUCCCUGGAGUGCUCCUUGACAGAGACCGAGAGUAACUACUGUGCACAGCUGGCACAGAUCCAGGCUCAGAUCGGGGCCCUGGAGGAGCAGCUGCACCAGGUCAGAACCGAGACCGAGGGCCAGAAGCUCGAGUAUGAGCAGCUCCUUGACAUCAAGGUCCACCUGGAAAAAGAAAUUGAGACCUACUGCCUCCUGAUAGAUGGAGAAGAUGGCUCCUGUUCUAAAUCAAAAGGCUAUGGAGGCCCAGGAAAUCAAACAAAAGAUUCAUCUAAAACCACCAUUGUCAAAACAGUUGUUGAAGAGAUAGAUCCUCGUGGCAAAGUUCUCUCAUCCAGAGUUCACACCGUGGAAGAGAAAUCCACCAAAGUCAACAACAAGAAUGAACAGAGGGUGUCUUCCUGAACUCCAGUCUCUGAGACAGAAUGGCCCCCAAAUUAAAAUACCAAAAUGAAGCUAGUUUCCUAAAUAAGGGUCCCCUUAUUUUUCUGCUUUUCUUCCAAUGAAUUAAGACAAGUUAUUUUUAGAAUAGUACCAUUUCUUUGGCUUUUUCUCUAUGGUGGUGUUUCAAUAAAAGUUCUUCCUGUUGCAAGUC